AAAGGGGUUCAGCUUCAGAUAUACUGCAUUAAGGUGGCUGCAUGAUUUCCGGUGGGCCCCGAGUUGGAUGUUCAGGCCUAGACAUCAGAAGAGAGAGAUCUGGUUUGGAGAUAAAGGUUUGGGAAUCAUCCACAUGUGGUGAUUACCCUGGGAGAGAGGAUGGAGUGAGACAAUCAGAGAGGCUAAGGCUGAGCCUUUAAAAAAAGCAAGCCGUUAGUGCACGGGGAAGGAAGAGAGCCUGCUGAGGAGGUGGACGUGUGUGGUGGCUAUUACUAACCAGAACAGCAACGUCCUGGAAGCCACAGAGGGCCAUUUCAGGAAUGAAAGAGCAGUUAAUAGUUCCGGUGCCAGAGAGAGGUCAAGCAAGGGAAGGGCCGGAAAGUGUCCUCUGAAUUUGGAUGAUGUGGUGGCAGCAAGAGCCAGACUGUGGUGGAUUUAAGAUGAACUUCCUCAAUCAAGUGAUACCUAUACAGAGGCACCCUGUGCCCCCCCGGAAGAUAGUGCAGCAGAACCGACACCUAUUCCUUUCUUUUCCUUCCCCUAAGGAAACUGGCAGGCAGUACCCUAUCGAACUGAGCCUUAAAAAUGAAUCCAGUUGUUCAACAGCCAAAAUACGGUGCAGGGGGUAUGAGCAAUGACUGGCAAACUGGCAUGUUUGGCUGUUGCGAUGACAUAGGCAUUUGCCUCUGUGGGACGUUCUUUCCCCUGGGUCUUUCAUGUCAGAUCGCCUCUGACAUGAACGAAUGCUGCCUGUGUGGAGCAAGUGUCGCCAUGAGGACCAUGUAUCGGACCCGGUACGGCAUCCCGGGAUCUAUUUGCAGUGAUUUCCUAUGGCUGUUGUGUUUCCCUCACUGUGCCCUUUGUCAGCUCAAGCGAGAUAUUGAAAAGAGAAAAGCAAUGAAUGCUUUCUAAAAGGUGCUUGAGGUCAAAUGCACAUCAUGGUGGAAGAAAAUGCUGGAAUAAAAAACUACAUUCUAUUAAGUGCUAAUCACCUCAAAAUUUGGAGACCAAUCAGCUAAUAUGGUUUCAAAAGGUUUCAGAGCAUUUCUAAUUUCCAAGUUAUUUGGAAAGAAAUGUAUUGCAGUACUGUCCUCUAAGGUGACUUGUCAUUAAAGAAAACCAAUUUCCUCAUG